ACGUCAAAAGCCGUCAGCGGCAGCCGAUGAGUUAAUAAUUCAACCGUUUGUGUUCUCUUGGUGCCCCUCCCAUUUUCUAUAUUUCCCCUGCCCACCCAAUGAAAAGAUUCUGAGUGGCAACUCCACGUUGAGCUCCGCACCAGCCCGCGAGCCACGUUUGAAGGUGACACAUGGAAGCCUUGGAUCACAGACUCAACACCUUCUUGGAGUCAUGGUUGGGUCCCAAAGAUCCCCGGGUGCGGGGGUGGCCGUUGCUGGACAACUAUUCGCCGACCCUUGCCGUCACUUUGGUGUACCUUGUAGUGGUGUGGACAGGGCCCAAGUACAUGAAAGGCAGGAAAGCGUACUCCUGUAAAGGCGUCCUGGUACUCUACAAUGCGGGCUUGACGCUCCUGUCACUCUGCAUGUUCUGCCAGCUUGUUUGUGCUCUUUGGAGCGGCAGCUAUGACUUCUACUGCCAGAACCUCCACAGUGCACCAGAAGUGGAUAAGAAGGUCAUGAAGGUCCUGUGGUGGUAUUACUUGUCCAAGUUCAUUGAGUUCAUGGACACUUUUUUCUUCAUUCUGCGAAAGAACAACCACCAGAUCACAUUUCUUCACAUCUACCAUCACACCACCAUGCUUAACAUCUGGUGGUUUGUCGUGAACUGGCUCCCAUGCGGUCAAUCGACUUUCGGCCCAUGCCUCAACAGUUUUGUCCACGUGGUCAUGUACUCAUACUACGGCCUGUCAACCAUACCCGCUAUGCGGCCGUACCUCUGGUGGAAGAAGUACAUCACGCAGCUACAGUUGAUCCAGUUCCUAUUAACCAUAUUGCAGACAAUGUGUGCAAUCAUGUGGCCGUGUGGUUUGCCCUUAGGAUGGCUGUACUUCCAAAUCACUUACAUUCUCACUCUCAUUGUCUUCUUCACCAACUUCUACAUCCAGACAUACAAGAAGAAGGAACUCAGGAACUUCGCUUUUCUGCCCGUCAAUGGACACGCGGUACACAAAACAAAGAUGAACUGAGAUUAACGAAGGCUUCUCCAAACUCGCUCCAUUGUCACUUUUAGCUUUUGGGCUAACGCUGCUAGGAGGAGAAAAGAUAAGUCUAGUAGGCCAUAAACCAAACCUUUCUUUUUGUGUGUUCAGUUAAGCAGACAGUUGACAGAGUGCUUAUUAUUAAGGCGCCCUAACUGCUUAAAAAUCCAGCAUAGCAUACUUUCUGUACCAGGAAGACCAUGUAUCAAAACACAACAAAUUCAGCAGAUUUGCUGUGUUUUGGUACUGGUUUUGCUGGUUUAGAAACAGGAUUAUAAUGGAUUAUUUAGCAGGACAGUGCAAAGACAAAAACGGCUCAGGUGAGCAUGCUGUAAAUUUGAGGUACAUAGCAUAGCUCGUCCUUUAGAUGUGUAACAAGAGUGCAGUUCUUGCGUCCUGGCUGUGCUGUUGCAUAAUCUUUAAAUACUGUACGUCCUUUGCAAAGAGGCAGGGACGUUACAAAAUGCUUAUGGUCAAAUAUCUGCACAGUAGACGUAAUGAUGUGAUGAAAUAUUUAAAGUGAAAGUUCAGAAUUUUUUUUUACAAUAAUCUUUGAGUUAGCGGGAGUUUAAUAAGUCAGGAGAGUUGAUUUCAACAAAUUCCUUGCAGUUUUUUAGUUUCAGGGCUCCGGAGUGCUAACGCGAUUCAAUGGUACAAUCUUAGCAUGCCAAUAAAAAACAACGUACGCACGCAUGAAAAUGACCGAUGUCCCAUGCAAUCAAUAGUUGUUGGCUAUGUUUUCACGAUAAAGUUAAAAAGACUUACCAUUGCAUGUCAGUAAUUGUAGUAUGAGCAUCAACAUUUGUAAUCCAGCAGCUCUGCAGGGAACAGGGAGGAGAGAUAACACAUCGCUUUUUUCACCACUGAUUUUUUUAUGUCGCAGCCAGCAGCAAGUAACCACAGUUUAUAUUGUUCCUCGAUCUUCAUAGGGAAUUUGUAGAAAAACUUUCCUUUGCCUAUUUUUUCUGUUUCCGCAGCCUUUAAAUGCACAUUUCUCCAUGUUGCCAUCCUUCAGUCAACUCAGCAGACUGAUGCUGCGUUUGAGGAUGGUGGGAAGUUUCCAACAUCCGACCUGGAAAUACAGUAUAUCAUUGGAACGCCACUCAAACUGAGAGGUCAUAGUUACUAAGUUGGGGGGGGGUUUAAACAGACAAUCACGAGUUGCCUCAAUCUGAGGUCACUCGACAAAAUGGCGCUGCCCGUCGAAAAGCAGACCGUAAAAUAGUAAAACUAAAGAGGGCAGUUUACAGUGUGUGCGAGUUACCUCAGCCGUCGUUUUUCCUCCACUAUUUGAUCGCUUUUGAGAAUGCAGGUUUGCUGGAGCUCAAUGUCUUUUGAUGGCCAAAAUAAAAAAACUUUUUACAUUUCAAUUUGCUUGGAAUGCCAUGAGGUUGCAACUGGUACCAUCUGAGUGGGGUAAGUCUGAUUUCCCACCUUCCUUGAAUGCAGCGUAAGCAUGAGUGGCUGAAGCACUCCUCUCUAUUGUGGUCGCAUUACGCAUUAAAAAUGUUUUUUUAAAAAGUCCUGCAAAAUAUAUUAGAGCAGUUUGGUGUGAGAUUGUUUUGGCCGCCUGGCUAUUUUGAACAGUAAUCUGCAUUUUGAAUGUAUUUGACUAUCUUAGAUCAGUUCAUAUCGUUUUAUAUUGGCAUGCUAAGAUUGUACUAUUGACUCGCGCUAGUGUAGCCACUCCGGAGCCCUGAAGCUAACAAAAAACUGACAAACUGCACGGGAUUUGUUGAAAUCAACUCCAUUGACUAACUAAACCCCCGCUAACUCGAAGAUGAAGCCUACUGUCAAAAAUUCUGAACUUCCCCUUUAACUUAAUGGGUUAUUGAAAAAAUAAAAUAAAAAGGGACUAUGUAUUUUAUUUAUUAAAUACAGUCAGUCAACAUUACAAAUAUGUUGACAACUACUUAUUUGGUCUAUUUCUAGAAAUGCAGUACCUUUAUGGAGGUAGAUAUGUGUCUUCAUUCAAAUUUUAAAAAGUUGCUUCAAUCAAAAAAAAAAGUCGCUUCAAUCAAAAUAUUCUGAAUUAAAAGUCACUUUAAUAAAAAAAAAAAAAAAAAAAAAAAAAAGUGUUUGAAUGCAAAUAUAAAUUUGAAACAAAAAAUGCAUUUGAAAACCAUUUUUCUUUUUUUUUUGAUUGAAACAACUUUUUUUGAUUGAAGUAAUGUAGUUUUGUGUUUGGGCCACAUUUUGGCUAGGACAUUUUUGUCUUUAUUAAUCAAAAAUUAAGUUGCUUCAAACAAAAAAUAUUUCAAAAGAAAAAUCACUUCAAUCAAAAAUCAAUGCGAAAAAAUAUUUGAGACUCUGAAAUUUGCAUUUGAACACGGAAUUGUUCAUUGAAACGGUUUUGAUUAAAGCAAUCCUUUUUGUGUUUGGGCCAUAUUAUGGGGAGGACAUUUGUGUCUAAAUCAUUCGAUCCCAGAAAAAGUCUGCCUUGCAUCGAAGUCAUCCGCCUUAGGUGGGCUAUUUCCGGCUGGGGCCCGGCGAGUGGUGUGCAUUAUUCUUGCUUCAUCAUGCUUUUAUGGCUUACACCACAGGCGGAGUCACUUGUCAGUAAAACAUGUCUGAAUUAGUGGCAAAGCUCGAUCUUUGUGUCCAAGUGAUUCCAUCAAAAGAAAGUGCCUUCAAAACUUUUUCCACUUAAAAAAAACUGCAUUCAAAAAUGUUUGUACUUCCAAAAAAAAAAAAAAAAAAAAAAAAAGACUUCAAAACUUUUUCCACUUCAAAACAAGUGACACUACAAUAAAAAUAAAACAAUAUUUUCAAUAUAUAUAUUUUUAGGGAAGGACAAUUUUAUUUUAGCAAAUGAUUUUUUUUUCUGUGAUUGAAGCAACUUUUUCUGGGAUUGAAUGAUUUGGACACAAAUGUCUUCCCCUAACACAAAAAGGAUUGCUCUCAUCAAAGAAAACAGUUUCAAUGAAAAAUUUAGUGUUCAAAUGCAAAUUUCUGAGUCUCAAAUAUUUUUUCGCAUUCAAAAACUUUUUUCUGUGAUUGGUUUUUUUUUUUUUGAUUUUUUUUUGUUGUAUUUUUCUUUUGAAAAUAUAUAUUUUUUUGUUUGAGGCAACUUAUUUUUUAAUUGAAUAAUAAAGACACAAAUGUCCUAGCCAAAAUGUGGCCCAAACGCAAAACUACAUCAAUCAAAAAAGUUGUUUUAUUAAAAGACUUCAAUCCCUCCCCAAAAAUUAAAGUAAAAUAGUUUUCAAAUGCUUUUUUUUUUUUUUGUUCAGAGUUUAUUUUUGCAUUCAUUUUUUUAAAGUGACUUUUUCUGAUUGAAAAUAUUUUCAUUGAAGCGACUUUUUGAUUGAAGCAACUUUUUUUUGGAUUGAAUAAUAAAGACACAAAUCUACAUCCAUAUGCCUUCACGGAUCUAUUGAUUUGGUUGCUGAUGCUAAUGUCACCACAUUGCUGGUCCACGCUGUGCCUGAUUUGACUUUUUCUGUUAUAAGCCAUCAAAUACUCUGACAAAAAAAAAAAUGCUUUUCAGUACGUAUAUGUGGUGAUAACUUUCAUUUCACAGAGGAAGUCUCACCCACGAUGAUGUCGCAUACUUUCGGAUCGAGAGUAAAAAAAAAAAAUCCCAACUGAUGCACUUCCUGUUUGUACUGCGAAUUGGUUGUUUGUUUAGCAUAAUAUAUUGCGCAAUGUGUUCAUAUUAAAAUUGUAUGGUUCUUUAAAUAAAAAAGUAGUUACUUCACAAGUUAUUCCUUGUAUAAUCAAAUGUAUGAUGCAACCAUUUACAUUAUCGUUAAGCCAUGUUUGUGCCAGAAAGUAAUUGUUAGGAAAGAUAUUGAUAAUGUGUUCACAUGCAGAAGACUGUUCAGGGCAGACAAGGGAUCAAUGACACUAGAGCACACGCAAGCAUUUUAACUACAACUAUGUCAUUGUCAGCAAAUCACGUGGUCAUUACAUUGCACCUUCAUUUGAGAGGCUUGAAAUAAUUGUAGCGGAAUUUGAAAACCACUUAGAAAUCGAGCUAUAAAUCCUGUUUGAUCUGUUCAUGUUCAGUUCUCAUGGAAAAAAAGGAUUAUAGUGACAUCUGACAUGGCAAGCUCAUGUUCAUAUUUCAUAACCAGUAUGUACUAUUCAUGAUUAAAAAUGCUGCCAAAUGAAAGUCAUUUUAUCACUGUUUAUUUGAACGAGAAAGUGCACUAUGAGACAAAAACAGAAUGGACAUUCAUUGCCGGGAACAUGUGACCUUGGGGUUACCCUUAGCAACAGUUCUGAAAAUCACAGGAUUAAAUGAGUUUUAUUCUAGUGUACUCGUAAAUUUGUGAAGUUGGAAGGAUUAACUGAAAGCGUUGACGUGGGUGUCUUAGAGCGCCUGAUCUGAAAACGCGGUGUAACUCUU